AUGGCGAAUCCGGCGGAGGAGAAACCCGACCCGAAUCUUUCAAUCCCCAAACUCGAACCUGAAGGUGAAGCGAGAGAAGAGCUUGGAGACAAUAACGGCGACCAAGAGGAAGAAGAGGAGGAGUACGAGGAAGAAGACGAUGACGAAGCCGCCGCGUCGAAACCUCGAACGCGAGAGGAUGCUGCUGCUGCUGAGAGGCGUAUGGCGCAAAAUCAGUUCCGUCGUAUGCGCGAGGCUCCGGUUCCGAUCCGCGUUCACGACGUGAUCAUCAAGGGGAACGAGAAGACAAAGGACCACGUGAUCGAGGCGGAGGUCGAUGUUGUGAGGCAAGCGACGACGAUGCAGGAGCUUCUCAAUGCUGCCAAGGUUGCUAAUUUCAAUCUCCAGACGCUUGAUGUCUUCGAUUCAGUCAAGAUUAUGCUCGAUUCUGGCCCUCCGGGACUUCCUGGUACCACCAAUGUGGUAAUCAGAGUCGUCGAGAGCAGAAGCCCUCUCACCGCCCAACUCGGAACCUUCACUAAAGCAGAGGCUAGAUCAUCAAGCCUUGAAGGCUCUUUGAAGUACAAGAACAUUUUUGGCUAUGGAGAUAUGUGGGACGGGUCUCUUGGUUAUGGCUGUGACAACUCAGCAGAGGUCGGCUUGGGGAUGUAUUUGCCUAGGUUCAGAGGACGUCCUACUCCAUUCACGUCGCGUCUUUACCUUAAUACUCAAGAUUGGCUUAAGUACUCUUCUUACAAAGAACGUUCUCUUGGCCUUUCUCUGGGGAUUGUCUCAAGCAAGUAUCAUGAACUAGUCUACAAUCUUGCAUGGCGCAACCUGAUAGACCCAUCGCAAAUGGCGUCGAAAUCAAUAAGGAGACAGCUAGGGCAUAAUCUGGUAUCUGCUAUGAAGUACACUUUCAAAGUUGACCAGAGAAACUCGUCCUUGAGGCCGACGCGAGGGUACUGUUUCAUCUCCACUUCUCAAAUUGGUGGUCUUGCACCUGAUAGUCGAACACUUCGGUUCUUGCGCCAGGAAAUCGAUCUUCGAUAUGCUGUUCCACUCGGUUUUUACCGUUCUGCUCUGAACUUUGGUGUAGCUGGGGGAAUCACGUUUCCAUGGGGAAGCGGAUACAAGAGCAGAGCUACCUCUGCGCCGGAGAGGUUCUUCUUGGGUGGAAACGGAUCACCUGUGUGUUCUUUGGGAGGGCCAUCUGCGUUAUGGGGAUUCAAGACCAGGGGAUUGGGUCCCAACGAGCCAAGGAGGGAAGUAGAAGAUGAUGAUCAGAGUGGUGGCGGUGGCUCAUAUGAACGGGAUUUUGUGGGAGGAGAUGUCGCAGUCACUGCAUUUGCAGACCUUUCGUUUGACUUCCCGUUGAGAUGGUUCAAAGACAGAGGAAUCCACGGACAUGUAUUCGCGUGUGCCGGGAACAUGGCAGCGUUAUCAGAGAACAGUUAUAGGAAGUUCACUGCUCCAAAGUUCUUGGAGACAUUCAGAAGCUCAGUAGGUGCAGGAAUCGUGAUACCGACUAGUCUAUUUCGCAUGGAGCUUAACUACUGCCACAUAGUGAAGAAACAAGUACACGAUCGAGCCAAAUCUGGGUUUUUCCUGACAUUCUCAACAUCAUCUUAG